AUGGAUCGAGCAAUGUCUGAUGGUGCCCCUCCGCGACUCGAUUUCACGACCUUGCCCGAGGCAAAACACCGUGGCGAUGAAAGCCAUGGCGACUCCAGCGCCAGCGAGUCCGAGUACCAACAUGCUCUUGAGGUAGUCUUCGAUGCAGACAAUGCCCACCGUCGCAGAUCCUCCCUUGUCACCACAGAAGAUCCCAACCUAGGAGGUCGCUCGGAAUCAGCAGAGAGAAGAGAGAAUACCGCAUGCUUUGUCCAUCAUCUUCUCGAAAAACAGCGGCGAUCCCGGAAAUCAAAUACCAACAGUCUGCAAAACAUCAAUGAAGAUACGAAAGCGGACAAGGCAAUCGUCACCAAAAAUGAGCCGGCUACCCAGUCUCGAAUGCUCACGAAGAGGCAGCUGGCUGAUAUGGCAUAUGGAGUCCGAGAAUUGUCAAAGAGAUUGGGCAGUGUGCGGCUAAGGUUGAAGGUCAAGACGGUAUUUCUGUUGACGAAGGCGCAUGACGAGUCGCUCAUUGGGUACACAAGGGACAUGGUGGAAUGGCUGCUGUCAAAAGAGAGGGACACACCGUACAUUGUAUACGUUGAAGACACUCUGGAACAUAAUCACAAGUUCGACGCAAAGAGCAUCAUCUCCGCAGACAUAUCAAGGGAAGGUCGCCUGAAGUAUUGGAGUAACGAGCUUUGCGCACAGCACCCUCUUACAUUUGACUUUGCUGUAACGCUCGGCGGAGAUGGCACGCUCCUCUAUGCCAGCUGGCUUUUCCAGAGAAUUGUACCUCCGGUCCUGUCAUUCUCAUUGGGCUCUCUGGGUUUCCUGACCAAGUUCGAUUAUUCAGGCUUUCGAGAAACGCUGACCUCGGCUUUCAAAGACGGCGUGACCGUGAGUUUGCGUCUGCGGUUCGAGGGCACGGUCAUGAGAUCACAGACCAAAGGCCAGCACCGAGAUCUGGUUGAGGAGCUGAUAGGCGAAGAGGCCGAAAACGACUAUACGCACAAGCCGGAUGGCUCCUACGAGAUCUUGAAUGAUAUCGUGGUGGACAGAGGCCCUAAUCCUACGAUGUCUUCCAUUGAAAUCUUCGGAGACGACGAGCAUUUCACGACGGUCCAGGCAGACGGUGUCUGCGUAGCCACUCCGACAGGCUCCACUGCCUACAACCUCGCUGCUGGAGGAUCUUUAUGCCAUCCUGAAAACCCUGUGAUAUUGGUGACUGCCAUUUGCGCGCACACGCUGAAUUUCAGACCUAUCAUACUACCUGACACGGUUGUGUUGCGUGUUGGCGUGCCCUACGACGCUCGGACUUCGUCCUGGGCUAGUUUUGAUGGAAGAGAAAGGAUCGAGCUAUGCCCUGGCGAUUAUGUGACCAUAUCCGCUUCGAGGUACCCAUUCGCGAACGUGAUGCAACAGGGCAGAAGGAAUGAGGAUUGGGUCAGCAGUAUAUCAGAGAAGCUGAACUGGAAUUCGAGGCAAAAGCAGAAGAGCUUUCAAGAGUGGUCCAACGAUCAUGACUCAAAAUCAUAG